GGGGUUCUAUCCAGCAAUCUUUCAAGGUUACUGGCCCAACGCUCUAAUUACUAAGCUGUCAAGUGUCAAAUAGCUAUGUUUAUUUCCCUACACAAAAAAUGGAGGCAAGAGGGAUGUGGUGUCCAUCACACAUGGACCAUUUCACUCGUUUUAGAGCUUCUUUCUUAUAUUUGGAAGAACUGGUAGAUCCAAAGAUUUAAAAAAUAUUGAGCAACUUUUCUGUCUUUGCUAAUUUCUGCCAAAGAUCAGGCUGCAACAUUUUUACAUGGGUUUUGCGCGCGCUUCCAUGUGUUUUCUUUGAGUGUGUCGGUGCCUAUUACCCAAAUAAUGCAAUAAUCAUCGGUGGGUUGUGAUGAGAGAAGUAUAUCGAGUCACGCGUGAUAUUCAAAACAAAAGCAUAAUUCAUGUCCGGGCUGUUGAGUCACUUCCUUAUGUGAAUCCCCAUCAUCAUAGUAUAUCUUGUCGAUACAUAAAAUGCUGAAAAAUAAGCCACAUACGUUUUUUAAAAAACUUUCGCUUUUUCAUGUGAUCAACAGCAGAUGGUUCGUAUGAAAUAGGCGUGGUACAAUCAGUAGCCUAGGCCCUAGGCUACACCCCAUUGUUGAUAAAUAUUUAUUUGAAGCUUCUGAUGUGCUGACCAUUCUGAAGAGGCGUCUCGGGAUUUGCCCUAGAAUAAACUCAAACUGAUGUACUACAUAUUUCCACCAGUCACAGUGCAUUAUUUCUGUCCAUAAUUGCGCAGUUUAAAGGAGGUGUGCUGUGCAGACCAAUCCAAACCUCGGGAUCUAUUUGCGUCACUCAGGGGGAGGGAUAACAGAGAGGGGCUCGGUCUAUAAUUACACCGCUGACUAAACACUGAUCAGCGAAUCGAGCGCCAAAGCAUUUUAACAGUUAACUGAAAGGCUACUAAACAGCUCAACGGUUUUCAACUGAAGAUUUUGACCGUUUAAAUGUUAUAACAUUAUUAUAAAUAGGCCUAUCACUUUAAUGUAUUUAUUUUAAUUUUACAUUUGUAAGGAUUUUUUUCCGCUUGACGUUUUGCCGUCAGACAAGUCUAUCUGCUGCAGUUGCAUUAAGCCAAUUGAUAAACCGCUGCUUUUGAGAGGAUUCAAGAGACAUUACAUUACUUUAUCAUGUUUCCAGACUCAAGCACCGGGUACAGCUUCGAGGACUGCAAGGCCACAGCAGACUGGCUGUUGGCCCAGACCUCCGUUCGCCCCGUGGUUGGCAUCGUGUGUGGUUCAGGAAUGGGAGGACUGGCUGACAUGCUGAAAGACCAAGUGGCAUUCAACUACAAGGACAUCCCCAACUUCCCCCAGAGCACAGUGCAUGGCCAUGCUGGACGCUUGGUGUUUGGGACACUGAAGGGAAGGCCAUGCGUGUGCAUGCAGGGACGCUUCCACCUGUACGAGGGAUACGCCAUCCAGAAGAUCACCCUUCCUAUGCGUAUCUUCAGCUUGCUGGGUGUAGAGACGGUCAUGCUGACCAACGCUGCUGGCGGUCUCAACCAGGACUUCAAAGUGGGAGACAUCAUGAUCAUGAAAGACCACAUCAACAUGCCCGGCUUUGCUGGCAGCAACCCACUUGCUGGAGUAAACGACGACAGGUUCGGUGUGCGAUUCCCCUGUAUGUCUGACGCGUACAACAGAGAGCUGCAGCAGCUGGCUGUGGAUGUGGGACAGGAACUAGGCUACGGUGACUUCCUGCGCGAGGGCGUAUACUGCGUCCUGGGCGGGCCCUCAUUCGAGACCAUCGCGGAGUGUCGCAUGCUGCACAAACUGGGAGCUGACGCUGUCGGCAUGAGCACGGCUCACGAGGUGAUCGCCGCGCGUCACUGCGGCAUGCGUGUGUUCGCCCUAUCCCUGAUAACCAACAGGGCUGUGAUGGACUACGACAGUGAGGAGAAGGCCAACCAUGAGGAAGUCCUUGAGACAGGCCAGCACCGCGCCAUCCAGCUGGAGAAACUGAUCUCUACCAUGGUCACCCGCAUGGAAUACAACAACACCAACGCCUAAAUGAAUGAAUGGAACCAACCACCAAACUCAUCGAAAUAGAAUUCCUACAAUGGGAAUCCCAUUUAAGACAAUGGGUGGACUGGCGGCCAUUUUGAGUGUACCAAUGAAGUGUAAGUGAGAUUGCCUUGGUCUGAGGUGCAAAACCCAUUCUAGGAAUUAAAUUUCUAUGGUAAAACUGGCUCUGGAUCAGUAGAAACCGACCGCCUUGAAGUUCUGAAACCCAAUGACCUGCUUUUGACACAAGAUUGCCUGCUCUUAGAGCUGUGUGGAACAGUCACUUACUGGCUGACCUCUCACGCUCACAGUCCCUCUUUUUAAAACAUUCUUCCCAUUUUCAAGACGAUGGUGUACAUUCCUGUCAUGCGCGACUCUACAGGCUGUCUCAAAAAUGUUUAUCGUUAUUAUUAUUGUCUAUUAUAAGUUGAUAAUGUUAACUUACUAUUGAGCUGCAUGUGUAAAUGUCUUGAUUUAACUUAACAAUGAGAAAGCUAUGGAUCUGCUGUACAUGUAUUUUAGCGUAUGUAUCCUGUCUAAUGUACAUUAGUUGUUGACAUAGUGUUAUUUUUGCUCUUGUUCUUUUUUUUAAUAUGAAUGUGCUUACUAAAGUUUAUAUUUAUUCAUGUGAUCAAGUCGAUUGGAGGAUUUAUUGGUUAAUGAUACCGAAGAUUGUCUAUUAUAGUGACUAGAUAGUCAAAUGACCGCUCUAACAAUGGAAAUAAAUGUUCUCAAAGAUGGAAGGCAGACGGGAGGAGGUGAGAUCAGGUGGGGCCAUUCUAGCCAAUGAGAGGGCAUAUACGCAUGUGAACAACAGUAGUUUUCACAUUCAGUACAUUAUGAAACUUCUAUUCGAUCAAAUACGCUUAAUGUAAAUCGACACACUCUCAUAGACCUCCCCACUUGGGACACACUCUCACAGACAAAUUGUGGGCUGAGUAAAUCCUCUCGCUUCGCCUUUUUCCCCCUCUAAUACUCACUUGUGUGAAUUAUAAAUUCAGAAAAGUUUGAGGAAAAAACUUGGGAGUAUUCUUCGUGGGUUUAUACAUUUACAAUGGGACACAUUCCAUGAGUCUGAUAUUGAUUUUUGGAAGAGAUGUUAGCUUUGCUCAAAACCCAAAUUAUGACAUAACCACAUGAAUAUAAUUGUGUUCCGGAAAGGUUUAUUGAAGUUUUGUAUAGAUAGAAAUGGAAAAGGUACAUAAUUCCAUAAUAAGAGCGAGCAUAACACAAUUCCAGAGUGCGCACUGUAAACAACAGUCGUGAUUGCAUACUGCAUAUAAGACAUUUUAUUAUCAAUCUACACAGAAAAAUGGCAACUAUAGAAUUGAAUGUCAUGGCAAUAAGAGUGUCAUACUGUUUCUGGUUCCCUCAGUCUAUUUGGCAAAAUGUCUCCAACUGUACUUUACCCUCCUCCAUCCAUGAAUACAUCUGACAUUACAUGCGAUCGGGUUGAUGCCUGCUAUUCCAAUCAAAAAUCAGUCAUCGCUUAUAACCUACAUCACAAAUACUAAAAUACAAAUAGCCACUGGGCACACACUGGUUGAAUCAAUGUUGUUCCCAUGUCAUUUCAAUGAAAUGACGUUGAAUAGACGUUGACUUGACGUCUGUGCCCAGUGGGUAGUUUCAUGUUCCCCUUGGAACACUAAACUUUUUUUUUUUUAAUAAAAAGCUGGGAUAUC